AUGGCUCAUCCUGCGCUGGAUGUGCAGGUCCAAGAGUGGCUCCGCAUGGCACGCGACCUGAAUGUCGCCAUUGCGCGGGACAACCAGGAACUUCGGGAGUACGUUGUGGAAGCUAGGCAUGUGCUUCGGCAAGCUGCUGUUCUCCCGGUGGGAUGUGGUGGAAGUGCCGCGAAGGCCUUGCGCGAGAAAAGUACUGUUCUCGCGCGCCGGGUUGCCCAGUCUCCAGCCAGAGCCAGGACUUACAGACCGCUGUCGAUACCUCAGUUCAUCUCUGAGAAGGCCAAGAUGUCUGCGUGGAGCACGAGAAGCGAGGCCGUCCUAGGCGAUGAAGUCGAGGCGCAGAUCACAGAGGGCGGCAGACCGGCUUCCUCAUUGUCCGAAUCUGUGCAUGAAGUUCUUUCUGAACUAUGCCAGUCCAUUCGAACUGAGGGCGCACAUCAAGGUUGCCUGGAGCACACCCGCAAAGUGGAGCCCAGUGAGGUUAUCGACAGCAGAAGACAUUCUUUGUCAGGCUCCAUGGUCGCUUGCAUCUCGAAUGGUUGUAUCUUAAGCCCCUGGGACAUGAGUGCGGACUCCGCCACUGAUACGACAGACCCGGCUGACAUCACUGCGCACAUUGAAGAACAGCGCGCAGCGGUCGAAGCUUUUGCAGCACUGACUCGAUCCAGCGAAAGAGGCGAAAGAGUUUUUCCAGGAAAGAGUUUGGCGGAUCCUGUGGAAGAUGUGCCACUGGCAGAAUUGUCGCAAGACCCGGCAGCUGGAAGCGGGCGCAUAAUGAAAGAGGGAAGUCAAACGCUGACCAUGACUACCGCAAGCCUGGAAGUCGUGUCCAAACACGUUGAAGCGAAAGAGGUGCAGGAAGUCUGUGAAGUAAAGACUGCUGAAAAGGCGCUUUGGGACGCGGCUAGGAUGGUUGGCCCAGUGGUUCGUGAGGUUAGCUUCUCGGGGAAAGUAAGGGGAACAAUAGCUCAGAAGGUUGAAGAGGAGCGGCUAGCGAAGGAGACUGAGGAACGACUGGCCAAGGAAGCUGCCGAAGCAGAGGCGGCUAAGAAAGCGGAAGAGGAGCGAUUAGCUGAAGAAGCCAGGAAGGCAGAGGAGGAACGAUUGGCCAUGGAAGCUGCUGCAGCAGAGGCAGCUAAGAAGGUUGAAGAGGAGCGGCUAGCGAAGGAGACCGAGGAACGACUGGCCAAGGAAGCUGCCGAAGCAGAGGCGGCCAAGCAAGCGGAAAAGGAGCGAUUCGCUGAGGAAGCCAGGAAGGCAGAGGAGGAACGACUGGCCAUGGAAGCUGCUGCAGCAGAGGCAGCUAGGAAGGUUGAAGAGGCGCGGCUAGCGAAGGAGACUGAGGAACGGCUGGCCAAGGAAGCUGCCGAAGCAGAGGCGGCCAAGAGAGCGGAAGAGGAGCGAUUAGCUGAGGAAGCCAGGAAGGCAGAGGAGGAACGAUUGGCCAUGGAAGCUGCUGCAGCAGAGGCAGCUAAGAAGGUUGAAGAGGAGCGGCUAGCGAAGGAGACCGAGGAACGACUGGCCAAGGAAGCUGCCGAAGCAGAGGCGGCCAAGCAAGCGGAAAAGGAGCGAUUAGCUGAGGAAGCCAGGAAGGCAGAGGAGGAACGACUGGCCAUGGAAGCUGCUGCAGCAGAGGCAGCUAGGAAGGUUGAAGAGGAGCGGCUAGCGAAGGAGACUGAGGAACGGCUGGCCAAGGAAGCUGCCGAAGCAGAGGCGGCCAAGAAAGCGGAAGAGGAGCGAAUAGCUGAGGAAGCCAGGAAGGCAGAUGAGGAACGAUUGGCCAUGGAAGCUGCUGCAGCAGAGGCAGCUAAGAAGGUUGAAGAGGAACGGCUAGCGAGGGAGACUGAAGAACGAUUGGCCAAGGAAGCUGCCGAAGCAGAGGCGGCCAAGAAAGCGGAAGAGGAGCGAAUAGCUGAGGAAGCCAGGAAGGCAGAGGAGGAACGACUGGCCAUGGAAGCUGCUGCAGCAGAGGCAGCUAAGAAGGUUGAAGAAGAGCGGCUAGCGAAGGAGACUGAGGAACGACUGGCCAAGGAAGCUGCCGAAGCAGUGGCGGCCAAGAAAGCGGAAGAGGAGCGAUUAGCUGAGGAAGCCAGGAAGGCAGAGGAGGAACGAUUGGCCAUGGAAGCUGCUGCAGCAGAGGCAGCUAGGAAGGUUGAAGAGGAGCGGCUAGCGAAGGAGACUGAGGAACGACUGGCCAAGGAAGCUGCCGAAGCAGAGGCGGCCAAGAAAGCGGAAGAGGAGCGAUUAGCUGAGGAAGCCAGGAAGGCAGAGGAGGAACGAUUGGCCAUGGAAGCUGCUGCAGCAGAGGCAGCUAAGAAGGUUGAAGAGGAGCGGCUAGCGAAGGAGACUGAGGAACGACUGGCCAAGGAAGCUGCCGAAGCAGAGGCGGCUAAGAAAGCGGAAGAGGAGCGAAUAGCUGAGGAAGCCAGGAAGGCAGAGGAGGAACGAUUGGCCAUGGAAGCUGCUGCAGCAGAGGCAGCUAGGAAGGUUGAAGAGGCGCGGCUAGUGAAGGAGACUCAGGAACGACUGGCGAAGGAAGCUGCCGAAGCAGAGGCGGCCAAGAAAGCGGAAGAGGAGCGAAUAGCUGAGGAAGCCAUGAAGGCAGAGGAGGAAAGAUUGGCCAUGGAAGCUGCCGCAGCAGAGGCAGCUAAGAAGGUUGAAGAGGAGCGGCUAGCGAAGGAGACUGAGGAACGACUGGCCAAGGAAGCUGCCGAAGCAGAGGCGGCCAAGAAAGCGGAAGAGGAGCGAUUAGCUGAGGAAGCCAGGAAGGCAGAGGAGGAACGAUUGGCCAUGGAAGCUGUUGCAGCAGAGGCAGCUAAGAAGGUUGAAGAGGAGCGGCUAGCGAAGGAGACUGAGGAACGACUGGCCAAGGAAGCUGCCGAAGCAGAGGCGGCCAAGAAAGCGGAAGAGGAGCGAUUAGCUGAGGAAGCAAGGAAGGCAGAUGAGGAAAGAUUGGCCAUGGAAGCUGCUGCAGCAGAGGCAGCUAAGAAGGUUGAAGAGAAGCGGCUAGCGAAGGAGACUGAGGAACGACUGGCCAAGGAAGCUGCCGAAGCAGAGGCGGCCAAGCAAGCGGAAGAGGAGCGAUUAGCUGAGGAAGCCAGGAAGGCAGAGGAGGAACGAUUGGCCAUGGAAGCUGCCGCAGCAGAGGCAGCUCAGAAGGUUGAAGAGGAGCGGCUAGCGAAGGAGACUGAGGAACGACUGGCCAAGGAAGCUGCCGAAGCAGAGGCGGCCAAGAAAGCGGAAGAGGAGCGAUUAGUUGAGGAAGCCAGGAAGGCAGAGGAGGAACGAUUGGCCAUGGAAGCUGCUGCAGCAGAGGCAGCGAAGAAGGUUGAAGAGGAGCGGCUAGCGAAGGAGACUGAGGAACGACUGGCCAAGGAAGCUGCCGAAGCAGAGGCGGCCAAGAAAGCGGAAGAGGAGCGAUUAGCUGAGGAAGCCAGGAAGGCAGAGGAGGAACGAUUGGCCAUGGAAGCUGCUGCAGCAGAGGCAGCUAAGAAGGUUGAAGAGGAGCGGCUAGCGAAGGAGACCGAGGAACGACUGGCCAAGGAAGCUGCCGAAGCAGAGGCGGCCAAGAAAGCGGAAGAGGAGCGACUAGCUGAGGAAGCCAGGAAGGCAGAGGAGGAACGAUUGGCCAUGGAAGCUGCUGCAGCAGAGGCAGCGAAGAAGGUUGAAGAGGAGCGGCUAGCGAAGGAGACCGAGGAACGACUGGCCAAGGAAGCUGCCGAAGCAGAGGCGGCCAAGCAAGCGGAAGAGGAGCGAUUAGCUGAGGAAGCCAGGAAGGCAGAGGAGGAACGAUUGGCCAUGGAAGCUGCUGCAGCAGAGGCAGCUAAGAAGGUUGAAGAGGAGCGGCUAGCGAAGGAGACUGAGGAACGACUGGCCAAGGAAGCUGCCGAAGCAGAGGCGGCCAAGAAAGCGGAAGAGGAGCGAAUAGCUGAGGAAGCCAGGAAGGCAGAGGAGGAACGAUUGGCCAUGGAAGCUGCCGCAGCAGAGGCAGCUAAGAAGGUUGAAGAGGAGCGGCUAGCGAAGGAGACUGAGGAACGACUGGCCAAGGAAGCUGCCGAAGCAGAGGCGGCCAAGAAAGCGGCCAUGGAAGCUGCUGCAGCAGAGGCAGCUAAGAAGGUUGAAGAGGAGCGGCUAGCGAAGGAGACCGAGGAACGACUGGCCAAGGAAGCUGCCGAAGCAGAGGCGGCCAAGAAAGCGGAAGAGGAGCGAUUAACUGAGGAAGCCAGGAAGGCAGAGGAGGAACGACUGGCCAUGGAAGCUGCUGCAGCAGAGGCAGCUAAGAAGGUUGAAGAGGAGCGGCUAGCGAAAGAAACUGAGGAACGACUGGCCAAGGAAGCUGCCGAAGCAGUGGCGGCCAAGAAAGCGGAAGAGGAGCGAUUAGCUGAGGAAGCCAGGAAGGCAGAGGAGGAACGAUUGGCCAUGGAAGCUGCUGCAGCAGAGGCAGCUAAGAAGGUUGAAGAGGAGCGGCUAGCGAAGGAGACCGAGGAACGACUGGCCAAGGAAGCUGCCGAAGCAGAGGCGGCCAAGAAAGCGGAAGAGGAGCGACUAGCUGAGGAAGCCAGGAAGGCAGAGGAGGAACGAUUGGCCAUGGAAGCUGCUGCAGCAGAGGCAGCGAAGAAGGUUGAAGAGGAGCGGCUAGCGAAGGAGACCGAGGAACGACUGGCCAAGGAAGCUGCCGAAGCAGAGGCGGCUACGAAAGCGGAAGAGGAGCGAUUAGCUGAGGAAGCCAGGAAGGCAGAUGAGGAACGAUUGGCCAUGGAAGCUGAAGGGGAGCGGCUAGCGAAGGAGACUGAGGAACGACUGGGCAAGGAAGCUGCUGAAGCAGAGGCUUUUGCUUGCCUCCGCUGUUUUGACUGUCUACAUGGUCCCCACGACAUUCUGGACAUCGGGCAGGAGGCCAUGGCAGCAGUGGCUCAACAUCAGAAGCAGUACGACACAGCCCAGGUUUCGGUUGCAAGCUAUCAGCAUGUCCGACAUUCUACAGCCGCCAUCGCGGCAGGCUUGGAGGGCCUAGGCCUGACGGUCCGUCUCCACCCAGAUGUGCAGACUGGCCGGCGAUCUUCCAGCAUUAGCUCGUUUGCAUCGCCUAGUGCAGAAGGUCUGGCUGUUGUUGCCAUUCACCCGCAGGGGUCCGUGGCGAAGUACAACUCGCAGCAGCGCGCGGCGGGUUGCUCCACACUAAUUCGUCCUAGGAUGCUCAUCACAGAAGUCAAUGGUAUCCAGGGAAACCCCGAGGCCAUGCUCGAGGCUUUAUGCCGAAGCUUCUCGCUACAGUUGCGGUUGUGCGUAGCGCAUGUGGCAGACUUGGCUGAAAGAAAGCAUGCGUCUCCCAAGGAGAUCGUGUCCAUGAUGAAUGCUAUCCGAGCCGUCAAAGUUUUGCAGAGCUCCUCGUCCACCGAGCCAAACCGGUUCACUUGUUGA